CUCUCCAUCAGCAAUCUUCUAGACAAACCCCCUGAAGCCACUAUCAACAAAAGUUUUCAAACAUGGUUCCAGCUGAAAUGACUGGCAUCCAGUUUUUUCCAUCUGAAAACGCUUUUCAAAUUCCUUCAAAUAUUGGCAUGAUCCAGGACAGCUUUCAGACCUUCCAUCAUUUGAAUGACUUUCUAGGAAACCAACCAAUGUCUCAGGUCCCUCAUCCUGGCCUUGAAUUCCUUGCACAAUCCUUAAGUUUUAGCUACAACUCAACAUCUGAUGAAGCCGAGGAACAACAGAAAAGUAUUAUUGAUGAGAGAAAGCAAAGGAGAAUGAUUUCUAAUAGAGAAUCAGCUCGUAGAUCACGGAUGAGAAAACAGAAACACCUUGAUGAGCUUUGGUCUCAGGUGCUUAGGCUUCGCUCUGAGAACCAUGAGCUGGUGGACAAGUUGAACCACAUAUCUGAUUGCCACGAAAAGCUUCUUCUGGAGAAUGCCAAGCUGAAGGAGGAAGCCUCUGAUCUUCGUCAGAUGCUCAGUCACCUGCAAAUUGGCAGACCUUACACUCCUUGCUUGAGUGACCUUGAAGAUAUUCCCAGCAACACUGUACAUCUCAGAGCUGAAUCUUCAUCAUGCCAGUCCAUCGCCAACUCCAUGGAUAACCUACUCUUCAUGGAGGAUAAAUCUUUAACUUUCUAAACAUCUAGUUCUUUUUAUCUAGUUUUGUUAUUAGUCAUCAGUCUUUGCUUUGAGCUUGUAUGAGAUCAGUAGUAGAAUAAGAUUGUUUUGGCUUUCAACCAGAGGUUGAAUCCGGAGUUUUCUCACUACCUGUUAAAAUUAGCAUUCAUGAAACGAAUUUCUCUCUGCCCGCCGCAUAUACAGAAUGAAGCUGGAGAAGCAAAGUACCUGAAAAUGAUAUAUUCAUAUUGGAUCAUGAGUGCCUGAUUCAUAACUUCAUCAUUUUCUUUUAAACCCCACCAGCUUACAUCAUUAAAGCUCCACAAAGGAGAGAAAUGGAUAGGAAACGGGAAACAAUUUAACAGAGGAAGUAAGAUUUUUGUCCAGUGAGCUAAGUGUAUGGAGUAAAAACAACCAAAGUUCUGCACAGAAUAGGAGGGGCACAAUAGGACAAGCCAUGGUGGAGGUGCUGCUGUUAGUGGCUCAUCAUUGAAAUGAAUACCAUAAGAUGCCAAACUUUUGAAAAUGGUAUCCACUAAUACAAAAUACCCUAUUACCUUGCUAUCUCUCUUUUGUCUAUUAUGGUAAGCUGAUUCAAACAAUCAAGCUUAACAGUUCGUAUCUAUAUACUGUUCAAUCAGGCAGAAAUCUCAGAGAAAGGUAUUUGACUCUCUCUCUCUCUCUCUCUCUCGUUAAUGCAUUAGAAUUUGUUGCAUAACUUUGGUGUUAUAAACUGAAUCAUCUCAGGCUGCACUGUUCUCAACCAUUAGAAAUUGUCUGCAACAGGGGUGAUGUAACGGCCCAAGCCUAUCGCUAGCAGAUAUUGUCUUCUUUGAGCUUUUCCUUUCGAGUUUUCCCUCAAGGUUUUUAAAACGUGUCUUCUGUGGAGAGGUUUCUACACCCUUACAAAGAAUGAUUCGUUCUCCUCCUCAACCGAUGUAGAAUCUCACAGGUGACGUUUCAGGUGGUGGCUUUAACAUUGACAAUUGCUGUUGCAUAUCCUGUGCUGCCGAGGUACACCAUUAAACUCUCUGUACUUUACUGUCAUCCAAAAAGCCAUCUGCUGUGAAAUUUUCUUUCCCUUUGUCUGAAUCUGCAUACUUGGAACAAUUUGUGGGAUUUGGAUUGGGAAAUCCUUUCUCAACCUAUUCAACCACUUUCUAAAAAUGGAGGCUUUUUCCUUGCUGCUGCUAUGUGGAGUGUGAGGCCGAUCAGAUCCUAAAGCAAAAUAGAUCUGGUUAAUGGAUAAGGACCCGACAUUAUGAUCAUACUUGUUGACAUAUAGGUAUCCUAAUGCAUUAUUUAUUGCCUGCAAAUUUUGUACUUGUUCUGUAUAUUUACUUUGGGAAUACUUUUUUCUUUUAUCUCUGUUGAGACAGGAAUUAAAAACUUUACCUUGUAGAAGAUAUACUUGAACUAUGUUGAGAUUAUCCAAUUUAAUGUUUUUGUGA